AUGUCCCUGGGCCUGGCCCUGCUGCUGGUCGGGCUGUUCCCUGAGGUACUGGGAGCAAACUAUCUCUCCCCUUAUUCAUCCUCCGUCCUAGGAAGUUUCCAACAUUGCAAAGAGGCGCUCAAUACGUCGGUGCUGGGCGCGCUGCCAGGAGGCGGCUGGGACAACCUGCGCAACGUGGAGCUGGGGCAGGUGCUGCUAAGGGACUACUCGAAUUGCCUCACCACGGAAGAUGGGGAGUACCUGAUCCCCGAUAACGUGCAUGUGGUGGCCCUGCGGGAGACGGCGAUGGAGACGCGCGCCGAGCUCAUCGACGAGUGGCUGCAGUACACCGACUCCUGGGCUCUGUCCAUCAACGCAGACUUCUCCUUCCUCGCGGCGCUCAACGGCAAGUUCUCCGCGGCCUGCCAGAAAGCCAAGAAAUACGAGAUGAAAUACGAGACGGUCACCACGCGGGUGCAGGUCCGACAUAGCGUCUAUUCGGUCAAAGUCCCCGAGUCCCCCACUUUCCAUCCUGUCUUCCUCGAGCAGCUACUCCAGCUCAACGACUAUCUGGAAAACAAUCAGACCCAAGAGGCUCAAUACUUGGCCGAGCUGCUGGUGCGCAAAUUCGGGACGCACGUCCUCACCGAUGUGGAAGCCGGGGCCGCCUUGGUGCAAGAGGACCAGGUGAGACGCAAGCUGGUGGACAGUCAGACCCAGGAGAAGACCAACAUCACCUUAACGGCCGCCCUGGCGUUUAAGUUCUCGCUCAAGACCGACGGGUCCUGGCUGAGCGAGGACCAGCGCAUCCAGAAUUAUAUGCAGAACACAGUAGCCUCCAAAUUGCGCAGCCAAGGCGGCUUGCCCUACGCUCCGGGCAUGAGUUUGCAAACCUGGCAAGAGAGCAUCGACAACCGCUUAGUAGCCAUCGGCCGGGCUGGUUUGCCCCUGCCCGAUUUGAUCGAGCCCACUACCGUCCCCCAGCUGCCACCCGCCUCGGUGCAACGCCUGGCCACCGCGGUGCGCAACGCCAUCAACCGUUAUUACGCGCUCAACGCGCACCCGGGGUGCGUAAAACGCGGGGAUCCCGCCUUCAACCCUCAGGCCAACGUGGACGACGGCUCCUGUUCCGGCAGCAACCGAGCCAACUUCAGCUUCGGAGGGGUCUUCCAGGAAUGCAAAGCUGUGAGCGGGGUGGACGCCGAGCCCUUCUGCAAGGUCUAUCGCACCAUGAAUCCCCUCACGGGGAAUGCCUCUUGCACGCCCGAGUACGAGGUUGCCAGCCUGCACCGCGAGUACAAGACCUGGAGCAAACCCCACAACGUGUGCAAGAAGGUGUGUAAAAAGUGCUGGCUCCUCUUCACGUGCUGCGAUGACGUGUGUGGACCCCAGGAGUUGAACAGCACGGCAUGGCUCUCCACGUCUUGGUGUGUGCCCAAAACGGGGGCUAAGUUGCCAGCCCUCUCUGGUUUUCUUUUUGGAGGUCUGUAUAGCCCCAGGAGUGCCAACCCAAUCACCAGGGCUCAAGCCUGCCCAAGCCACUUCUAUCCCUUAACCCUCUUCGAUGACCUUAAGGUCUGUGUCAGUAGUGACCCAGAGUUGGGUGGGGCCCAGGCAGUUCCCUUUGGAGGAUUCUUUAGCUGUCAAGAGGGUAACCCCUUGGCUGGCAUCAUGAAAGGCCAGAGCCCCGGUUUCUUGCAAGAGAUGUUCUACCAGGACAGUCUCACUGACCACCCCAUGAAGUGCCCAGGAGGGUACAGCCAACACCAGGCCUUUGUCAAAGACGGUUGCCAAAUCCUCUACUGCCUCAGAUUUGGGGCUUUUCAGGACGAGGAGCAGAUAAAGCUCAGACUGCCUCCUUUCCUUCCCUGUCCCGCCUCGCUCAAAAGCAACAGAACAAUGGCCUUCUCGAAUCGCCUCUCUCUGCCAGCCAAGCUCGUGGCCCAGGAGAAAUCAGGGGCCAGUUCGGGAUCCAUUGCGGGAGCCUUAGUGGCAACGGUGGCGGUGCUGGUGGCGGCAGCUGUGGGAGCCUUUGUCCUUUUUAAGCGCCGCCAGAAUAGCAGAUGGAGGGGAAACCAGGAGACUGUCCUGAUAAAUAAUCAGUCCGGUGAAGUUACUGAAACUGCUGCGGAUCCUGGUGUCUGA